AUGGCUAGAUGGUUUUAAGCCAUUUAGUGUAGCGCGUUAAAGAAAAGUGCUCAUAAAUCAAAUGAACAAAAUAACAAAUCGAAAAUUUAAAUAAGAACUCAAAAUACAGACAAAAGUUAUCGUCAUAUUGAUAAAAUUAAAACGAAAAACUGUGCAAAAAUUUCUAAUAAAUUUCGAGCAUUUGCGUAAAUAGCAUUUUUUGCUUGGGAACUUUGAAGCUGAUGCGCGAACAGGAAAGCAUUUAUUGAUAGCGCACAAGGAACGGAUAUUGGUGCUUCAUCUUUAAAGUAAUCACCUUUAAAAGUGUUUAAUAAAGGAAAAUCGUUUAAAAUUAACUAAACUGGCUGCAAGUGGCAUAUAAAAAACGGUGUGAAGUGGUUCAAACGUCGCAAAAUGAGCAGCUCUACGGCGGCCAGUUUAAAAUGGCUGUCCGCUAUUUAUUUUCUGGUUUUAUUAGCCAUAACCUCGACAACGACAAAAACGUAUGCAACAAUUGAAGAGGGAUUUUCUUGUCCAAAUGGUUGGGAAUUGCGUGGCCUUAACUGUUAUAAAUACUUCAACAUUAAACAUUCAUGGGAAAAGAGUGCUGAACUGUGUCGAAGAUAUGGCGCCGAUCUUGUGGCAAUCGACACGUAUGCGGAGAAUAACAGUACCUUGGCAAUUGCGCGUAGCAAUGAUCCGAACCGUCGCGCCUCCGACAAAUACUGGCUGGGUCUGGCCUCGCUGGAUGAUCUGCGCACCAAUACGCUGGAGUCUGCCUCGGGCGCGCUCAUCUCUCAAUACUCUGGUUUCUGGUCGCUCAAACAACCCGAUCCCAUGUCCGGUGAGUGUGUAGCCGCUACAUUUGCUUCGCGCAUGCAAUCCUGGGGUCUUGACACUUGCGAAAGUCUGCUUCCCUUCAUGUGUCGCGCACCCGCUUGUCCGCAAAACUCCAUACAUUGUUCGAAUGGCUUGUGCGUCAAUCAGGCAUUCAAGUGUGACGGCUCGGAUGAUUGUGGUGAUGGCUCCGAUGAGUUGGACUGCCCGGCGCAGUGUCAUUACCAUAUGCAAUCGGGCGGCGAUGUGAUUGAGACACCCAAUUAUCCGCAUAAAUAUGCCGCGAUGAGCAAGUGUAAGUGGACGCUGGAGGGUCCAUUGGGCAGCAAUAUUAUAUUGCAGUUCCAGGAUUUUGAAACGGAAAAGACAUUCGAUACCGUACAAGUGUUGGUGGGUGGACGCACUGAAGACAAGUCGGUUUCGCUGGCAACGCUGAGCGGCAAGUUGGAUUUGACUAUGCAGCCAUUUGUGUCUGCGUCCAACUUCAUGAUCGUGAAGUUUACCACUGAUGGUAGCGUGGAGCGCAAAGGUUUUCGCGCCACCUGGAAGACAGAGGCGAAAAAUUGUGGUGGCGUGUUGAAGGCGAACCUGCAGCGUCAAACUUUGACCAGCCCCAAUUAUCCCAAACAAUACCCUGGCGGUUUGGAGUGCUUGUACAUAAUCAAAGCUCAACCGGGACGUAUAAUUUCCAUUGAAGUGGAUGAUUUGGAUGUGGCUGAAGGGCGCGAUAUGCUGCUGAUACGUGAUGGUGAAUCGCCAAUGAGCCGCCCCAUUGCGCGUCUGACUGGCAGCGCUGACGACAACGAGAAAGUUAUUAUCUCCACCGGCAAUGCGUUGUAUUUGUACUUCAAGUCGAGUCUUGGUGAGUCUGGCAAGGGCUUCAGUUUACGCUACAUACAAGGCUGCAAAGCCACGAUUACAGAACGUAAUGGCACGGUCACCUCGCCGGCUUAUGGGCUGGAGCCUUAUCCGAAAAAUCAGGAAUGCUACUUUACCAUACGCAAUCCGAGCGGUUCACCGCUAUCGCUGAAAUUCGAUAAAUUCAUGGUGCACAAGAGCGAUUUCGUGCAAGUUUAUGAUGGCUCGUCUACAGCGGGUCUGCGUUUGCACUCGGGCGAUGGUUUCACUGGCACAGUGGCGCCAAAACUCACCUUGACGGCUUCUUCAGGAGAGAUGCUGAUAAAAUUCACUUCGGAUGCGCUGCAUAACGCGGCGGGCUGGUCCGCCACCUUCUCCGCUGACUGUCCUGAGUUGAAGCCCGGCAUUGGCGCUUUGGCUUCGAGUCGCGACACCGCCUUUGGCACUGUGGUGACAUUCACUUGCCCAAUUGGACAAGAGUUCGCUACCGGCAAGAAUAAAAUCGUCACCGAGUGUAUGAAGGGUGGCAACUGGAGUGUCUCGUACAUACCGAAAUGCCAAGAGGUUUACUGUGGUCCAGUCCCACAAAUCGACAACGGAUUUUCGAUUGGCUCCUCAAAUGUCACAUACCGUGGCAUAGCCAUGUACCAGUGUUAUGCGGGCUUCGCUUUCGCCUCUGGCGCACCCAUCGAAAAGAUUUCCUGCUUACCCGACGGCCGUUGGGAGCGCACACCCACCUGUAUGGCGUCACAGUGCUCACCACUGCCUGAAGUGCCGCACGCCAAUGUGACACUACUCAACGGCGGUGGACGCAGCUAUGGCACCAUCGUUCAAUACGAAUGCGAAUCUGGCUACGAACGCACAGGUCACCCAGUGCUGAUUUGCAUGUCUAACGGCACUUGGAGCGAUGAUGUGCCACGUUGUACACGCAAGCGUUGCUAUGAAUAUCCGAAAAUCGAUAAUGGUUUUGUGGUAGAUGCGGCACGUCCUUACUACUUUGGCGAUGAUGCGCGCGUGCAAUGCUACAAAGGUUACAAACUGAUCGGCAGUAAUAUAAUACGCUGUAAUUCUGAGCAAAUCUUCGAGAAUCCGCCAACGUGCGAGGAUAUCAACGAGUGCACAUCGACACAAUGUGACUUGGCGACGACGGAGUGCAUGAACACGAACGGCUCCUUCCACUGUCAAUGCCGUACUGGUUUUGCCCCAACGCCUGAGUGUCGUCCAGUUGGUGACUUAGGCUUGGCUAAUGGUGGCAUACCCGAUGACAGCAUAAUGACUUCGUCCAGUGAAGAGGGUUAUACGAAGAGUUUUGUGCGUCUUAACUCUGCUGGUUGGUGCGGAGCCCUAGUCGAACCGGGCGCAAACUGGAUUUUGAUCGAUCUCAAAGCGCCUACCAUCUUACGUGGCUUCCGCACAAUGUCCGUGCAACGUUUCGACAGCAAUGUGGCAUUUACCUCGGCUGUGCGGCUGCAAUACACCGACGAUCUGACUGAUGUAUUUAAAGACUACACAAAUCCCGAUGGCACAGCGGUGGAGUUCCGCAUACUGGAACCGACUCUGUCUAUUCUGAAUCUACCGAUGCCGAUUGAGGCGCGUUAUAUUCGCUUCCGCAUACAGGAUUACGUGGGCGCGCCAUGCAUACGCAUGGAAUUGAUGGGUUGCACGCGUUUGGAUUGUGUGGAUAUUAACGAAUGUGCGAAGAACAAUGGCGGCUGCGAUCAGAAAUGUGUGAAUUCGCCUGGCGGUUAUGCUUGCUCUUGCAACACAGGCUACCAACUUUUCACUGGCAAUGGCACAGCCGGCUUCAGCAUUGAACGUUCGGAGACUGGCGAACGCGAUGGCGACUCUUAUCAGCGCAACAAGACUUGCGUGCCACUUAUGUGCCCACCAUUGCUGGAACCAGAGAACGGUAAGCUGUUGACCGACAAAAACGAUCAUCACUUCGGCGAUAUUGUAAGAUUCCAGUGCAGCUUUGGCUAUAUUAUGUCGGGCAGUGCAGCGGUGCUUUGUCUCUCGAAUGGCCAAUGGAAUGCAACGGUGCCAGAGUGCAACUAUGCCAAAUGUGUCUCUCUGCCGGAUGACAAACUAGAGGGUCUUUCUGUUGAACGCCCUGAUCCCGAAUCCGUGUUGGUGCCUUUCCGUGACAAUGUCACCAUCACUUGCAGUUCACCUGGCCGCAAAUUACGCAACACUGCCACGUCAGGUUUUCGUCAGUGCGUGUACGAUCCCAAACCCGGUUUACCCGACUAUUGGCUUUCUGGCUCGCAGCCUUCUUGUCCACGCGUCGAUUGUUAUCAGCCAAUGUCAACGCCUGGCGCCGAGUAUGGUCAGUUCGUAGAUACACGCUUCCAGAGCUCAUUCUUCUUCGGCUGCCAGCAUACUUUUAAAUUGGCUGGCCAAACAUCACGCCACGACAAUGUUGUACGUUGUCAGUCCGACGGCAUCUGGGACUUUGGAGACUUGCGCUGCGAAGGUCCUGUUUGCGAAGAUCCUGGCCGGCCCAGCGAUGGACGUCAAAUAGCGCGCAGUUACGAGCAGGGCUCAGAAGUGUACUUCGGCUGCAAUCGUCCCGGUUAUAUACUAAUCAAUCCACGUCCAAUUACCUGUAUACGCGAACCUGAGUGUAGGGUCAUCAAGCCAUUGGGUGUGACCUCAGGCAAAAUACCUGACUCAGCAAUUAAUGCCACCUCCGAACGUCCAAACUACGAAGCAAGAAAUAUACGUUUGAAUUCCGCUACUGGCUGGUGUGGCAAGCAGGAAGCUUUCACCUACGUGAGCGUUGACUUGGGACAGAUACAUCGCGUCAAGGCGAUUUUGGUUAAGGGCGUGGUCACCAAUGACAUUGUGGGUCGUCCUACCGAAAUACGUUUCUUCUAUAAGCAGGCAGAAAGUGAGAACUACGUCGUUUAUUUCCCCAACUUCAACCUAACUAUGCGCGAUCCCGGUAACUAUGGUGAAUUGGCUAUGAUUACAUUACCCAAGUACGUGCAGGCACGUUUCGUCAUUCUGGGUAUCGUCAGUUAUAUGGAUAAUGCCUGUUUGAAAUUCGAGCUCAUGGGUUGCGAAGAACCAAAGAAAGAGCCCUUGCUAGGCUACGACUAUGGCUAUUCACCGUGUGUGGAUAAUGAACCGCCUAUCUUCCAGAACUGCCCACAACAACCGAUUAUAGUGCGUCGCGAUGAAAACGGUGCGGUGCUGCCGGUCAACUUCACCGAACCCUCAGCUGUAGACAACUCUGGCUCCAUAGCACGUCUCGAAGUGAAACCGCAAAACUUCAAAACACCCUCGUAUGUAUUCAAAGACACCGUAGUGAAAUAUGUCGCUUUCGAUUAUGACGGCAAUGUCGCGAUUUGUGAGAUCAACAUUACAGUACCAGAUGUCACACCGCCACUGCUGCAGUGCCCUCAAAGUUAUGUUAUUGAGUUGGUUGAUCGUCAGGAGAGCUAUAAUGUGAACUUCAACGACACACGUAAGCGCAUUAAGAGCUCAGAUGACUCUGGUGAGGUGCGUCUCACCUAUACACCGGAGCACGCUGUGAUAACCAUCGGCAACUAUGAGAACGUCACCGUGACAGCUACCGAUAAGUUCAAUAAUCGCGCCUACUGUUACUUCCAAGUUUCGGUGCAGGCAUCUCCGUGCGUGGACUGGGAGUUACAACCGCCAGCGAAUGGCGCCAUCAAUUGUUUACCUGGAGAUCGCGGUAUUGAGUGCAUAGCAACUUGUAAGCCCGGUUUCCGUUUUACUGAUGGUGAGCCCUUGAAGUCGUUCUCUUGCGAGACAUCGCGCUUAUGGAAGCCCACCUCAGUCGUGCCCGAUUGUGUAUCGGAGAACACCGAGCAGGCCGACUACCAGGUUACUGCUACUGUUACUUAUCGUGCAAAUGGCGCUGUUGCACAGUCAUGUCUCGGCCAAUAUCAAGAUAUGCUGUCGCAACACUACUCCGGUCUGAAUCGCUUGCUAUCGCAACGUUGCUCAGCUGUCAACGUCAACAUGAAUGUGUCCUUCGUUAAAUCGGUGCCGAGCUUAUUAGAGGAGAAUGUAGUUAAAAUGGAUUUCAUACUCUCAAUACUGCCUGCGGUCAGACAACCACAGCUAUACGAACUUUGCGGCUCUACGCUAAAUCUUAUUUUCGAUUUGAGCGUGCCGUAUGCCAGCGCCGUCAUCGAUUCACUUCUGAAUAUUUCCAAUAUUGGUAAUCAAUGCCCGCCACUGCGCGCGUUGAAGAGUAACAUAUCGCGUGGCUUCACUUGCAGCAUCGGUGAGGUUUUAAAUAUGGACACCAGCGAUGUGCCGCGUUGUCUGCAUUGCCCUGCUGGCACCUACGUAAUUACCGGCCAAAGUGUGUGCACGAACUGUCCCCGUGGCUACUAUCAGAACCGUGAUCGUCAAGGCACAUGCCUGCGCUGUCCCGCCGGGACUUACACGAAGGAAGAGGGUUCUAAGGCGCUGAGUGAUUGUAUACCCGUUUGCGGCUAUGGUACAUAUUCGCCAACUGGAUUGGUGCCCUGUUUGGAAUGUCCACGUAACUCGUAUACAGCGGAACCACCCACUGGUGGCUUCAAAGAUUGCACAGCUUGCGCGCAAAACUCAUACACCUUCCAACCGGCGGCUUCGACAAAGGAUUUGUGUCGUCAAAAAUGUGCUCCUGGUUUCUACUCAUACACUGGCUUGUCGCCUUGUUCGCCCUGCCCCAUAAACUACUAUCAAAGUGCAGUUGGCGCGCAAACUUGCAAUGAAUGUCCGACCAACAUGCGCACCGAUGGUCCGGGCGCCAAAGGACGUGAGGAGUGUAAGCCUGUGGUGUGUGGUGAGAGCGCUUGUUUGCAUGGCGGUCUGUGUGUGCCGAUGGGCCAUGGCGUGCAGUGCUUCUGCCCGGCUGGUUUCUCUGGUAGACGUUGCGAGAUUGACAUCGAUGAGUGCGCUUCACAGCCCUGCUAUAAUGGUGGUUCCUGUACCGAUUUGCCACAAGGUUAUCGCUGCGAAUGCCCGGCUGGUUACUCCGGCAUCAAUUGCCAAGAGGAGGUGAGUGAUUGCGGCAACGACACAUGUCCAGCGCGCGCCAUGUGCAAGAAUGAACCAGGUUAUAAGAACUUUACUUGCUUGUGUCGCAGCGGCUACACUGGCGCCGAUUGCGAUGUAACCAUUGAUCCCUGCACCGCAAAUGGUAAUCCUUGCACGAACGGCGCUAGCUGUUUGGCAUUACAACAGGGCCGUUAUAAAUGUGAUUGCUUACCUGGUUGGGAAGGCAUACAUUGCGCACAAAACAUCAACGACUGCGCGGAGAAUCCUUGUUUGUUGGGUGCGAACUGCACUGAUCUCGUGAACGACUUCCAAUGUUCUUGUCCGCCUGGCUUUACUGGCAAACGUUGCGAGGAGAAGAUUGAUUUGUGCUUGUCAGAGCCUUGUAAGCACGGCACUUGCGCAGAUCGUUUGUUUGAACACGAGUGCGUCUGUCAUCCGGGCUGGAGCGGCGAUGGUUGCGAUAUAAACAUUGAUGAUUGCGCCGCUAGUCCAUGCGCCAACGAUGGCGUUUGCGUGGACUUAGUGAAUGGGUAUAGUUGUUCAUGUGAACCCGGUUACACAGGCAAGAACUGCCAACAUACGAUUGACGAUUGUGAAUCAAAUCCUUGCCAGAAUGGCGCAACAUGCGUGGAUCAGUUAGAUGGCUUCACAUGCAAGUGCCGCCCUGGUUUUGUCGGGCUGAGCUGCGAGGCUGAAAUCGACGAGUGUUUGAGUGAUCCUUGCAAUCCUGUGGGCACCGAACGUUGCCUUGACUUGGAUAAUAAAUUCGAAUGUGUGUGUCGCGAAGGUUUCACUGGCUCAUUCUGUGAGACGGACAUUGAUGACUGCGAGACCAAUCCUUGCUUGAACGGCGGUCAAUGUCGCGAUCGUGUUGGUAGCUUUGAAUGUACUUGCGCUGAUGGUUGGCGCGGUGAGCGCUGCGAGCGUCAAAUCACAUCGUGUGGUGGACAGUCACCUUGUCAGAAUGACGCUAAUUGCAUCGACUUGUUCCAGGACUACUUCUGUGUGUGUCCAAGCGGCACUGAUGGCAAGAAUUGUGAGACUGCACCUGAGCGUUGCAUCGGCAAUCCUUGCAUGCAUGGUGGCAUGUGCCAAGAUUAUGGUUCCGGCUUGAAUUGCACAUGCCCAGCUGAUUUCUCUGGCAUUGGUUGUCAAUACGAAUUCGAUGCGUGCGAUGCGAAUGUAUGCCAGAAUGAGGCUACCUGCAUUGAUCAUGGCAACGGCUACACCUGCGCCUGCCCACCUGGUUACACGGGCAAAAACUGUGAGGAAGACAUUAUCGAUUGUAAGGACAACUCGUGCCCGCCUGGUGCAACUUGCAUAGAUUUGACGAAUGACUUCUACUGCCAAUGUGCCUUCAAUAUGACCGGCGACGACUGCCGCAAGACCAUACAAGUUGACUACGAUUUAUACUUUAGCGAUCCUCUGCGUUCCACUGCCGCUCAGGUGGUACCGUUCUACACUGGCGAGUCCAACAGUUUGACCAUCGCUAUGUGGGUGCAAUUCGCGCAAAAAGACGAUACUGGUAUCUUCUUCACAUUGUACGGCGUACAAUCGGCACAUAUUGCGAACAACCGCCGUCUGCUGCUGCAAGCGCACUCAAGCGGCGUGCAAGUAUCUAUUUUCGAAGAUCUACCCGACGCUUUCCUCUCCUUCGGCGAAUACACAUCUGUCAACGAUGGACAAUGGCAUCAUGUAGCCAUAUUGUGGGAUGGCGUCAGUGGACAGCUGCAGCUGAUUACCGAGGGACUCAUUGCCAGCAAAAUGGAAUACGGUGGCGGACGUGCUAUGCCGCAAUACGCAUGGGCCGUGCUGGGACGUCCACAACCAGAUGACACUAAACAUUCGGCUUCUUAUGCCGAUUCCGGUUUCCAGGGUACAAUUACCAAAACGCAAGUUUGGGGACGUGCAUUGGAUAUCACCUCGGAAAUACAGAAACAAGUGCGCGAUUGUCGCUCCGAGCCGGUUUUGUAUCAUGGAUUGAUACUAAAUUGGGCCGGUUAUGAGGUGACUUCGGGUGGCGUCGAACGUACGGUACCUUCAAUGUGUGGCCAACGUAAAUGCCCGAACGGCUAUCAGGGACCAAACUGCCAGCAAUUGGUUGUGGACAAGGAAGCACCAGUUGUGGAACAUUGUCCGGGUGAUUUGUGGGUAAUUGCCAAGAACGGCUCGGCUGUUGUUACUUGGGAUGAACCACAUUUCAGCGACAAUAUUGGCGUAACGAAAAUUGUGGAGCGCAAUGGCCAUCGCCCAGGUACUACGCUACUGUGGGGCUCUUAUGACAUAACAUAUUUGGCUUCCGAUGCAGCAGGCAAUACGGCUACUUGCAGCUUUAAGAUAUCGCUGCUGUCUGAAUUCUGUCCACCGUUGGCGGAUCCAGUGGGCGGUGUACAAGUCUGCAAAGACUGGGGCGCUGGCGGACAGUUCAAGGUUUGCGAGAUUUCUUGUAAUCCGGGACUACGUUUCUCCGAAGAGGUACCCGACUUCUACACAUGUGGCGCGGAAGGUUUCUGGCGUCCAACGCGCGAACCAUUCAUGCCACUCGUUUACCCGUCAUGCUCACCUGCUAAGCCGGCGCAACGUGUCUUCCGCAUCAAGAUGCUCUUCCCUUCGGAUGUGCUCUGCAACAAGGCCGGUCAAGGUGUAUUGCGUCAAAAGGUGACAAACUCUGUCAACGCGCUCAAUCGCGACUGGAACUUCUGCUCCUACUCGGUAGAGGGCACACGCGAAUGCAAAGACAUCAAAAUCGACGUGAAAUGCGACCACUACCGCGCUGCUCAAGGCCAACGCGUGAGUCGCCAGGUGAAAGAUGGUGGCGUCUACGUAAUGGAAGCAGAGAUUCCAGUGCUCAACGAAAACGAUGAGGUCGAGGCGCGCGGUCGUCAAGGACGCCAACAAGCUGGCGGCGAUACGUACAUGCUGGAGAUACUCUUCCCAGCAGUGAACGAUCCCGUCAUUCACUCGACCACAGGCGAACGUUCGACAGUCAAGAAUCUGUUAGAGAAACUCAUCCUGGAAGAUGAUCAAUUUGCGGUGCAAGAUAUUCUACCCAACACUGUGCCCGAUCCGGCCUCACUUGAGCUGGGCUCGGAAUAUGCCUGCCCUGUUGGUCAGGUGGUCAUGAUACCCGACUGCGUGCCAUGCGCCAUCGGCACUUAUUACGAUACGGCCAACAAGACUUGCGUUGCCUGCGAACGCGGCACUUAUCAAUCGGAAGCUGGUCAACUGCAGUGCAGCAAGUGUCCAGUAAUCGCUGGCCGACCGGGUGUCACUGCUGGUCCUGGUGCACGCUCUGCGGCCGAUUGUAAGGAACGUUGUCCUGCUGGCAAAUACUUUGACUCGGACACAGGAUUGUGUCGCUCGUGCGGUCAUGGCUUCUAUCAGCCCAACGAGGGAGCUUUCAGCUGCGAACUUUGCGGUCUCGGUCAGACAACACGUUCCAGUGAGGCUACCUCGCGCAAGGAAUGUCGCGAUGAGUGCAACUCCGGUCAACAACUUGGCAUCGACGGUCGUUGUGAACCUUGUCCACGUGGCACUUAUCGUACACAAGGUGUACAACCUUCAUGCGUUGGCUGUCCAUUGGGACGUACUACGCCGAAGGUGGGCGCCAACUCAGUCGAAGAGUGCACGCUGCCCGUGUGCUCACCCGGCACCUACCUCAAUGGCACACUCAAUAUGUGCGUGGAAUGUCGCAAGGGCUACUACCAGUCAGAGUCGCAACAAACGUCGUGCAUACAAUGCCCGCCUAACCACAGCACCAAGAUUACUGGCGCCACUGCGAAAUCGGAGUGUACCAACCCCUGCGAGCAUAUUGCUGAAGGUCGUCCACAUUGUGAUCCGAAUGCCUAUUGUAUAUUGGUACCCGAAACGUCGGACUUCAAGUGUGAGUGCAAGCCUGGCUUCAAUGGCACCGGCAUGGAGUGCACAGAUAUGUGUGAGGGUUAUUGCGAGAAUUCGGGCACUUGCGUGAAGGAUCUCAAGGGCACACCCUCAUGUCGCUGUAUCGGCUCAUUCACCGGCCCCCAUUGCGCUGAGCGCUCAGAGUUUGCGUACAUUGCUGGCGGUAUUGCCGGUGCUGUGAUCUUUAUUAUUGUGAUUGUGCUGCUGAUUUGGAUGAUUUGUGUGCGUUCGACGAAGCGUCGCGAUCCGAAAAAGAUGCUGACGCCUGCCAUCGAUCAGACUGGCUCGCAGGUGAACUUCUACUAUGGCGCACAUACGCCGUAUGCGGAGUCCAUUGCGCCGUCGCAUCACAGCACUUAUGCGCACUACUACGAUGACGAGGAAGAUGGCUGGGAGAUGCCGAACUUCUACAAUGAGGCAUACAUCAAGGAUGGCGGUGGUCUGCAUGGCGGUAAAAUGAGUACAUUGGCGAGGUCGAACGCCUCGCUCUAUGGCACUAAAGAAGACUUAUACGAUCGACUGAAACGACACGCGUACACUGGCAAAAAAGAAAAGAGCGACAGUGACAGUGAAGUUCAAUAAGCGCUGCACGCACACACACGCACACCCGUACAUACUAGAAGAAGACCAACAAAGGGAAGCAAUAAAAUUGUGGUCAUAAAACUAACGAAUCAGCGUCACUUGGCGAAUUUAACGGCGCUGAUACUUUGUAUUUAAAUACGAAUAGUUUUUAGCUUAGUCGUUCAAAUUUAGGAGUGAAUCAAGGAAAUGGAGCGGCAUUGAAAUGAGAAGUGAAAAGAGAAGUUGUGAAAUCACUGCCUUCAAUAUUGAAAAUUAUCGAUGUUUUGAAAUACUCACUACACACACACAGACAUCACAACACUUGCAUUACAAAACAAAACAAAACAAAAACAAAAACAAUGAAAAAGCUUUAUAUUGAAUUGUUGUAAUUGAAAUUGGUUAAAUUUUGUUUUUCAAAUUUUAUAUUUGCACACUUCGAAGUGUUUGUGUAUUUUUAUAAUUACAAUUUUUACUUGAAGCACCCAAAAGUGUGCUAAACACACACACACUUACUUAAUUUGCACAUUCGUUGUACUAUAACUGAUGGAGUCGUAUAUUUGUUCUUACUUAAGCUUUAUAACUGCAGAUUACAAUGUUUAAUGUGAAGCUUUUAAAGCUGCUAAAAUUAGAUAACACAAAAAAAGAAAUAAAAGAUAAAAACUAUUACGAAACUUUAGUGGCGUGAACAGCAAUAAAUUAAUUAAAUGUAAUUAGUUGAUAAGUUAAUAAAUUUUCAUUUAGUUUAUACUUAGCGAAAAAUACAUGUAUAAACACAUAAACAUAAACAUAAACAAAAACAAAAACA